GGAUCACCCCCCUCCAUCCCAGGAUACCACUCCCCUUUCACCUCCCCCCUCAACCCCUUCCCCCCAUCUCCCCUCGGUCUCCAAGGCACCUGCAACUUUCCCCAAAUCACAACCCAAGGCCUCUCCGACUCUUACCAGCACGGCCUCGACCUGCUAUCAGUCUACUCCCCCCUCAUCUCACCAACCUCAGCCGAGUUCCGCAUAACCAACAACCCCAUCACCUCCCAAGUCGCCGGCGCACUGAUAUCCGCCCUCCUACCACCCAAAACCACCACCACCACCCCCCUCCUCAUCCAAAACACAGAAAUCGACUCCCUCGAGCCCAAAUACCCCUGCCCCCUCUCCCACCACCUCUUUUCCCAAAUCCAAUCCACUCCCCAAUGGAAAUCCCACCUGCAGCUAUCAAGUGAGAUCCUCACCCAACUAGACAUCAUAAGCGGCGUCCCCCCCUCCGAUACCAGUUUCCACAUCAGUUUCGACCACUACUUCGACAACCUCUCCUCCAAACAAUGCCACUCCCGUCCCCUCCCUUGCUCAGUCCACUCCCCCCACAACAACAAAUGCAUCCCCCAACACCUAGCCGACACCGUCUACCGUCUAGGCCAGUGGGAGUACCACCACACCUACCGCUCCUCCAAACAAUCCCUCCAAGCCUCAGUCGCAAGCUACGGGGUGUGGAUCGCCGAACUAUUGUCACAUAUCUCAUCCAUGACAAAAGAAGAGACAAAAGUGAGAUAUCGACACAACAUUGCCCACGACGGGUCAAUUUCCCGACUGUUGGGCGUGCUGCAAGUAGACGAUAUGCACUGGCCCGGGAUGGGCUCCGAGAUCGUCUUUGAGGUUUACAAGCAGCAGCCAAAACAUUUUGUCAGGGUGUUGUACGGUGGGCAGGUGCUAAAGUCCAGUUCACCCAUGCUAAAGGGAAACACCAAAGGGAUGAUACCACUCCAACAAAUCAUGGGGUAUCUAGGUGGCCUCAUCGGAUUACGAGAAAAAGACGGGAAAAUGAUGCACGAUAUCAAGGAGAUGUGCAACACCCCUAUUACCUACAAUAAGUGA